CGCCUCCAGAUGCUGCACUCCAAUUAGUUCUCAGCCCGAUAGACAACGCCAUCAAGCUAGUGAGCGCCAUUUUAGGAGCUGCACUCCUACUUUACAUUGGUUGUAAGGUUCUUAGGGCUAAUUUGUUAUUCGUUUUACGGAAUAAGUUUAUUUUUAGUUCUUUUGAAUUUAUAUUUUUGACAGGAAGUGUGUUCGGUGGUAGGCGCACUACCAGGUUUCUUUCGUUGCAGUUUACAAGAGAGCAAAUUGCAUAUUCUUGCUGCACAGUAUUUGUAUUACCAAGUGUCCGAUAUUUAGAUGGCCAGCUUUCCAGAGUUUGUAAACGAAGCAGACAUUGCAACUUCACACCUCAUUGGAGAACUUUCAACACCAGCAUCCCCUUUUAUUCAAAAAUCGGGCCGUGAAACAUGGACAGUUGCAUUUGCUCCUGAUGGAUCUUAUUUAGCUUGGUCUCAAGGUCAUCGUGUUGUUAGACUUAUUCCCUGGUGUCGGUGUCUGAAGCGCUUUUUGUUAGAUGAUAAUGAAAAGAACAAAACAAACAAGGUACUUCUCCGACAGAACAGCAGUGAGAAUCAGAAGACACCAGGUGAACAUACUAUAGACUGUGGUGAUAUUGUUUGGGGUCUUGCCUUUGGCUCUUCUGUGCCUGAAAAACAGAGCCGUUGUGUAAAUAUUGGAUGGCACCGGUUCAAGUUUGGGGAGGAUCAACUGCUUCUUGCUACUGGACUUGGCAAUGGUCGCAUCAAAAUAUGGGAUGCUUACACUGGAAAAUUGCUCCUUAAUUUGAUGGAUCAUACUGAAGUUGUAAGAGACUUGACCUUUGCUCCUGAUGGAAGUCUUAUUCUGGUAUCUGCUUCAAGAGAUAAAACCCUUAGAGUCUGGGAUCUGAAAGAUGAUGGCAAUAUGAUGAAGGUUCUAAAAGGGCACCCCAACUGGGUGUACUGUUGUGCCUUUUCCCCAGAUUCUUCUGUCCUAUGCUCUGUUGGAGCUGGCAAAGCAGUUUUUCUCUGGGAUAUGAACAAGUACGCCAUGAUCCAUAAACUGGAGGGACAUAACAAUGAUGUUGUGUCUUGCGAGUUCUCUCCUGAUGGGGCUUUAUUGGCUACGGCCUCCUAUGAUACUCGUGUUAUUGUGUGGGACCCAUACACUGCCACUGUUUUACUUGAUCUCGGAAAAUUGCGGUUUUGGAGGAUUGAUUGCAGUUGUCCAGUAGAAGUUGCUCAUCUGAGUAAUGGAUUGUGCUGUGCAUUCUCUACUGAUGGUAGAGUCUUGGCUGCUGGGUAAGUUGUCAUUGUGCUAC